GCGCGCAGGCACAGGCGACACGCGACCCGUCCAUCCCCGCAUGCGCAAAGCGAUCAGGCUUCUCUGUCCAGGAGAUUUCGAAGAUGAUGCGGCUGAGCGGCCGGCGUGGACCUCAUGCAUAGCUGGCAAAUCUCUGCCAUAGAUUUUCCCUUGCCUUGUCUAGUUUCUUGCCAAAUUUGCUGUUCAAUGUCGAAUUGUGAGCGGAGAGGAGGGGAAACUGAUACGCUUUGAGACAGAAGGACGAAGAAGAGCGAAGCAGUGUCUGGACGGAGUUGGGCAUUACAUUUCACCGGAUGUCAUUAUACGCUUUUAAAUAUCAAGGACUAUAAUCAAGACCAAAGGUUGAGCCAUGGAGGUUGUAACACAUUUUAUGAAUGACUCUGUAGAGUUUUACAAAUGGAGCCUUACUAUAGCAGACAAGAGGGUGGAGAACUGGCCGAUGAUGUCGUCGCCAUUCCCCACCCUGGCCAUCAGCUGCCUGUAUUUGAUUUUCCUGUGGGCGGGGCCCAAAUACAUGCAGGACCGUCAGCCCUACACCCUCAGGAAGACCCUCAUAGUCUACAACUUCAGCAUGGUGGUCCUCAACUUUUACAUCGCCAAAGAGCUCCUUCUAGCAUCGAGAGCAGCUGGGUACAGCUACCUCUGUCAGCCUGUCAGCUACUCGAAUGAUGUCAAUGAAGUCAGGAUAGCCUCUGCUCUUUGGUGGUACUAUAUCUCCAAAGGAGUGGAAUUCUUGGACACAGUUUUUUUCAUACUGAGGAAGAAGUUCAACCAGGUCAGCUUCCUGCACGUCUACCAUCACUGCACCAUGUUCAUCCUCUGGUGGAUUGGCAUCAAGUGGGUUCCCGGGGGACAGUCAUUCUUUGGUGCAACCAUCAACUCCUCCAUCCACGUCCUCAUGUACGGUUACUACGGCUUGGCAGCUUUGGGACCGCAGAUGCAGAAGUAUCUCUGGUGGAAGAAAUACCUCACUAUUAUUCAGAUGAUCCAGUUCCAUGUCACCAUUGGUCAUGCUGGCUACUCUCUGUACACCGGCUGCCCGUUCCCUUGUUGGAUGCAGUGGGCUCUGAUUGGCUAUGCUGUCACCUUCAUCAUCCUCUUCGCCAACUUCUACUACCAUGCUUACAGACGUAAACCCUCCUCACAGAAAGCAGGAAAGCACGUGGCAAACGGUACGUCUGCUGUGACUAACGGACACAGCAACGUGGAGGAAGUGGAGGAGAAUGGAAAGAGGCAAAAGAAGGGAAGACCUAAAAGGGAGUGAAUAAGGAAGAGGGGUUCGUUUAGCACAAGCAGGAAGAGGACAGAAGGAAAGUGUGCAGGAAUUCUAAUCAAACGACUAUUUGUGCAAAUAACGUAGAUGGAUGUGACUUUUGGACCAACUUUCAAAGUAGCUAUGUGUAUUUGUGGGCUUGGGCGUUGGUGGUCUCCAUUGUUUUUCCUUUUUUUAAAGAUGAUCACAUAGGCACCACACUCUUCUGUCCAACUGUUUUUGGAACAAGAUUGGACCAAAAAUAGGACCCGUGACCCGCUCGGCAUCCACGACCAAAUUUCACCUCCAACUUUUGUACUCUGGAUUCCAGUAUUGUUUUCUCUAAGAGCUUGUAUAGUUUUUAAUGUGCUAAUUUAUCUUCUAGUGCUCUAAAAUUAUUUUUGAUUUUGUUUUAAAUGUCUUCCAAAAGGAACACACUAAGUGGUGUCCUUUUGUUUGUUUCUUUUUGUUUACAAACACUUAGUUGAGUUAAACAUGGUUACCAAAUUCUUUUAUUUGCCAUCUGCUGUAUUACUUACUGGCAUUCACCUGCAGCACCUACCAGUCCGGCCCGUCAUGGCUGUCUCCAUCUGAUCCAACUGUGCUGCAUUACAACAACGAGCUGUUUUUUCUUUGUCCUCAUUGUGAACUAAAAGCCUAAUUUAAAGAUGUGGGAUUAAACUCUAGAGUUGUUUUUCUGACAUUAUGCAAACCUGUGAAUAUCUAUGUGAAAAGUAAAGAUACACAUUUUUUGUGACUCCUCACAGUUUUAUUCGAUGUAGCCGAGGUGCAAGAUUAAGAGAUUGAAGUUCAGAUCAGUAUUGUCUCACUGCCACAUAGGACUGAAGGGAAAAGCACCCGAAAGAAAGAGCUUCUUUUUUUUUAAAGAACACAAAUGGUCAUUUCACUGUCUUAUUAAAAAGAGAGGUGACACAGCUUCCAGACUGCACAUUUAACUGAAAUAAAGAUGGUGUCAGCAAUACAUAGAUGAGCUUUUGUGUCUCUAUGUUAGAAUGGUUGCCAAUUGGAAAAAGGUCUCACAAUGUCAGCUGCUUUACUCCACUUCAUUGCCCUCAGAAGUCUUUCCAUCUCUCCUCCUACUCUUUUAUCCCUGCUCACUGUGUUUUAAGAUCUGCAGGAUGGAAAGAUGUCCUUCAGGUGUGUGUAUAAGAGAGAGAAAGAGGCAGUGUCUUUGGCCUGAUCAGACAGAUCUCCCCUAAUCUUUGAGUACAAAUUGGCUUUAGCUCCAAAAGAGCUUAUUUCUACGUCACUCCAUGAGUUGCCGAAGAAAGCAGGUCACUGUAAAGGAAGCUUCCUUUAAUCUGCCAACAGUUUGCAAAUGUGAUGGUCAAACUAUGGAUGUUAAGAGAGAGAAAUCAAUAUUGAUGCUGGAACUUUACAUUUUAUUUCAGAGGCUUACAGACCAUACACAUUCACUCAUUACUAGGAAACACCUCAACCAACUAGAAUUUCAUCCAAAUGUGCACUCUCUAAUGCAAUCUAUUACAUUAUUCACCAACUGUCUGUUUUCUGUUUCCCAAACACUGCUUGUAUUCAAUAAAUCCUACAUUAUGUGUGCAA